UGCAGGCAGGUAAGUCGUGUCCAAACCUGUUCAGGGUGUCUGCUGUUGCAUCAAACGGGAUCCUGCAUUUAUGUUUCUGAAACGGUCUGUCUUCCUGGGACUUCUCUCAAUCUGUCUCCGGGUUUAAGUUGUUCUUGUUAGAACAGCAGACAUGUCCAUCAAAGUGUUUUACACCAGUGUGACCAGCUCCCGAGAGAUAAAGAAAACUCAGCAAAAAAUCUUUGACAUCUUGGACAGCAAGAAGAUCAACUACGAUGCUUUAGACAUUUCACAGGAAGUCAAGGUUAAAGAUCUAAUGAGAGAGUUGGCAGGGGACCCGACCGCACUGCCCCCUCAGAUAUUCAAUGGAAACAACUACUGUGGGGACUACAAAGCAUUUGAUAAUGCAAUCGAAGAAGAAAGUUUAGAGAAAUUUCUCAAGCUAUAAUGAACUGGGACCAGCCAUGAGACAACAAUAAAUCUUGACUAUACAAACA